AUGGAGAUGACUAGAGGAAAUAUUGGCAUGUUAAUUAAUCGUCUACAAACAAUAGUAAUCAUGAAGAGGAAUGAGAUACGAGGAAGAAGUCAAAAGGAUGAUGAUGAUGGUGCUGUUGUUGAUAGGCAUCAUCAUCAUCUUAUAACAGUUAAUGAUGUUAAGUUAGCUGAGGGUAGGAUCAUUCGUGGACCAUUGGAAAUCGAUAAUGUGAGAAUGGGCAACAAUUCAAAGGAGGAUUCUAACUUGGAAGGAUCAUCAUCAAUGGUGAAGAAAAGGAAAAGUGUUCAUAUAGAGGAUGGUAUAAUGGAGUCAUCCUCAUUACCACAUCUUCCUAAUACUUCACUUCUGCCGCCGCUACCUAAUAACACUAAACGUGCUAGGAUUGAUAUACGACAAUGGUUGGGUGCAUCAUCAUCAUCUGACUUGAUCGCUGACGAAGAGGAGAAGGAAGGUGAUUGUGUCGCGAAUACACUACUGCGUGAUGAGUCAGAGUUUCAAGAUGGUAGCAACAACAGCAGCAGCACUAUAUCGGACUCUAGAUUAUUCGAAUUCAACUUUAAUGAGGGCCAUACUAAUGCUGUUAAAAAGAUUGUUUAUGUGAGGGACCUUAUACUAUCAUCAUCGCCUUUCAGCAUUGCACCGGAAGUGCAUCAUGAGUAA